AUGGAGGGGCUAAACGAUAUGUUGAAAAUCGUUCAAGAAAAGUUGUCGCUGAGAGGUUUUAGGGUAUCCAGUAGAGUGGGGGCUGAGCUGGAGAUUACUCACUUACAAUAUGCAGAUGACACUCUUGUCUUUUGUGAUGCUAACAAGAACCAGCUCAAGAUCUUAAGGGUAAUCUUUGUUAUUUUUGAAGCUAUCUCUGGGCUUCACAUCAAUUGGAACAAGAGUUUCUUGUAUCCAGUAAAGUCCCUAAUUUACCCUCUCUGGCUAGGAUUUUGGGUGGAAGGCCUACCAACUACAUACUUGGGGAUGCCCUUGGGAGCCAAAUGCAAAUCUAUAAGCAUUUGGAAUGGGGUGAUUGAAAAAUGUGGAAAAAGACUUGAUGCUUUAAGGAGGAACUUUCGGUGGGAAGGAAAUAGUGAAACCAAGAAAUUACACUUGGUUAAGUGGGAUACUCUGAUUGAGAGUAAACAGGCAAGGGGAUUGGGAUAA